AUGAAGCUCUCUUAUCUACGCGGUCACUCUCUUUCAGUAGCCCAGAUAGCCUUGAUUGUCGCCCCCAGUUUUGUCCUCUUUGGCUACAAUCAAGCAGGAAUAGGUGGCUUGCUCUCCCUUCCUGCCUGGACUCAUACCUUCCCGGAGAUUGAUACGACGCACACAACUGGCGCCAAAAAGAGUGGAAAUGCCUCCCUUCAAGGACUCGUGGUCUCAACCUUUGUGCUUGGUGCCCUGGUUGGGUGUCUAGGCUGUCUAUAUCUAGGAGAUCUACUGGGACGACGGAAGUGCAUCUUCAUAGCUGCUACACUUACACUGGUGGGUGAGAUUGUGUGUGCCAGCUCGACGGCUAUAUCUCAGUUCGUUAUCGGGAGAUCCGUCAUUGGAGUGGCUAUUGGUAUUCUCAGCUCAACUGUUCCUGUCUGGCAGGCCGAAUGUAGUCCACCUGCCCAUCGUGGUAAACAUAUAGUACUCGAUGGCUUAUUUACUACGCUUGGCUAUACUCUUGUUUCAUGGAUUAAUCUAGGCUCAUCCAAGAUUAAGGGUUCACAUUCAUCCUUCAGCUGGCGAUUACCUCUCGGCAUUCCUGUCACUUUUUCCAUUAUGCUCAUGUCAUUCAUUUUCAUCAUGCCUGAAUCACCUCGCUGGCUCAUCAGAGUUGGUAGACAUGUGGAAGCUAUCGAAGUCCUAUCUCAGCUCAAGGACCUUCCAACAGAUAACCCCCAACUCUUGGCAGAAGUUGCAGAAAUUCAAUCUGCCCUUGAAAAUAGCCGAAUCGAGAAGGCAAGUCUCAAGGACAUGUUUAGCAUGGGUCCUGAUAAGCUUUUCUACCGGUUUUGUCUAUGUAUCAUCAUGCAAUUCUACCAGCAGAUGUCCGGAGCCAAUUUGAUCUCAGUCUACGCCCCCGUAAUUUUUGAGCAAGAUUUAGGACUCCCCAGCACAACAGCUAGAUUACUCACGGGUGGCGCUCUAACCUGGAAAUUUUUGAGCUCAUUUGUGGCAUUUUUCACAAUUGAUCGCUUCGGGCGCCGCGCAUUGUUUAUGUUUAGCGGAUUAGGAAUGGGUACAUGCAUGUUGAUCCUUGCGAUCACGACGGGUUACAAUUCGGCAAACUCUGCUGCAUCUUACACUAGCGUAGUAGCUAUUUUCAUGUUUAACUUUUUCGUUCCCAUUGGUUUCCUGGGGGCCAACUUUCUCUACUGCGCUGAAGUAGCGCCCGUUUCACUGCGCGUCGGCAUGUCUGCAAUCUCGACAGCCAACCAUUGGCUAUGGAAUUUUGUAGUGGUGAUGUCAACUCCUGUGGCCAUUGAUCGUAUUGGCCAAUGGUAUUUUUCGGUCUUUGCCAUCAUAGGACUGUCUAUCCCUAUAACAGUAUGGUUCUGGUUUCCAGAAACUAUGGGUCGUAGUCUUGAGGAGAUUGACCUAUUGUUCCGCGAAAGCUCUAGCCUGAGGAAUAUUGUCAAGGCCAGCAAGAAGUGCCUAUCAAUCUCAAAUAUUGAUGAUGAGGCGGUGGACGAAAAAAUUGUCGCCAAGAACUUGACACACGAAUCUUCAUGA